AUGCCGAUGACACUCUCGCAGGCGGACCCACCCGGGUCGUCUGUACUCGAGACCAACCCGCAUCUCGGGCACUACAUCUUCAAGCUCGUGCUGAGCAACGCCGGCCCCAGCGUACUUGCCAACCCCACCGCCGCCCACCGUGCCGCCAGCAGCGGCCAACACCCCCUGUCAGUCUCGUCCUCGGGCGAGAGCGACGAAGAAGACGACCAGGACGACGACGAAUCUCCGCCCAGGUCCACCGGCGAGGGCCCCGAAAGCGGAGACGGCACUGACGACGACUCGAAAGCGUCCGCCAAUGGCCGCCGCGCGGCCCCUCCUGUCGGCCCGAGUCGCGACGACCGCGAGGAGCUCGUCCGCAAGGUCAUCAACCUCCUAGACAAUGACGAGGAGGAGGACGUCAAAGACUUGCUCCGCACCCACAUGGGCGAGCUUGGCAAGGAUGACCUCCUCAUGGACCAAGUCUGUCUCGACUGUAUGCACCGACACCGUGACGAUGUGAGCGGCAUGCCUUACCACGAGGGCAGCUUUACACCCACACGCGGCGCCCGUCGUCCUUUCACGCCCACUGGCGUUGGCACCUUGCGCGUCCGUACGCCUCUCGCACGUCCGCACUCGCCAGCCACUGUCGCCCCGGGAUCGGGAACGGUCACGCCCACGACCACCACCUCGUCCAGCAGUCUCUCUCACGGCUUGUCGGCGUUGGCGCUCGGUCGUGUCGAAUCGGCGCUGUCCCCGACUCUCGCACCCGGAGCCCCGGCGGCCCCGGCUCCAGCUUCGUCGUCAGGUUACUCGUCGUCAGGCUCACCCGCGUCCUCCCCACGCGUCCUCAAUGUCAAGGCCGCAACGUUCAACCCCACGGCUGCAGCAGCUCCUACCUCGCGCCACCCGCACAUUUCGGCUAUCCAGACGGGCUUUUCGCCCAGCAGUGAUCCCUGGCGCGAUGCUGACGCCGGCGGUGGUGCUGCUGUCAACCCCCCAGCGCGCGCUGCCUCCCCGUACAUGUUCGGAGCCGCAGGGGCUCAUGGCAUGGUGCGCACGGCCUCGAACCGCGCAAUCAUUGCGCCAAUCAUUAGCGACCAGUCUAGCCCGUUCCACUCGCCACUCGGUACGCCGACGCGCUCGCAUAUGAAGCUCGGCGACUCGUUUGCGUCGCCCACGGCGGCUGUGGCGCGCCCCGCCAGCCGUGGCGUCGUCCCAGACGAUGACGACGACGACGAGUUCUCGCCAUUCGGCACAGGUUUGCCCAAAUUGCAUCACCACGAACCAUCAGGUCUCAGCACGGCUGCCAGGCCGUUUGAGCCGUUUGGUGCAGGCAGUGGCGGCCACCAGGUACCAGAGUUCUUCCCUUCUUCGUCGGCUUCGUCGGGCGCCACCCAGUCUGACCAGUCGACGUCGUUUGAGUCGCGCGGUUCGCUCGAUCCCGAAGAUGACCCGACCCAGAAUGCGACACUCGGCAUGACACCCCUCGACGUCCUGUCCUCUGUCUUCUCCACCGUUCCCCGUCGCGAGCUCGAGGAUGCCCUCCACCGUGCUGGCUAUGACUUUGAGGCCGCCAUGGCCAUGCUCGUGGCCCAGUAUACGCACCCGCGUUCCGGCGCUUCCACUCCUCAGCGUAUCGCUUCGCCCCGCCCCAUGAUCGGACUCGACGGCCGCGGCGCUGUCCACCAUGCCGCGCCUAGCCAGGGCUUUUUUACUCAAGGCGGACGCGGCUUCAACAGUGGACCGCUGAACCCGCAGCUGGGCGGCGGUGUUGGUCCCCGGAGCGUGGGUGGCGGCGGCGGGCCCACUCGCAUGUGCCGCUACUUUCUCAACGGCGAGUGUCGCCGUAGCGACUGCAGGUUCAGCCACGACCUUGAGCGCGCGCUCUGUCGUUUCUGGUUGCGCGGACACUGUGCCAAGGGUCCCAACUGCGAGUUCCUCCACAACCUCCCCAACAACCUGGACCAGAGCGCACUCAACACGGCAAUGUCCCGUCUCGACGUCGACUCGCCCGCGGCCCACUCUCACCCGGGCACGCCGCCAGUCAGCAGCAUGUACGGUGCUGCAGAUGACUUCCCCGACCUCCUUGCUGCCCGUCUCAACCGCCAUGUCGGCCGCUUUGACCCCACCCGCAACCGUUUCGCCAACGCGGUCAAGCGCCCUGUCCCUGCACCACCUCCAGCUCAGAUCAACAUCACUGGUGCCGCUGCAGGUCGUUUCUCGCCCGCCCCCCAGCAGCCGUACUCGCCUGCUGGAGGUGCAGAGACGCCAUCGGCCCCGCCAAAGGUUCCUGUCGUUCCCCGUGCCUCGAACCGCGUCAAGUUGCAUGCCCCGACGCUCUUGCCUACGCUCACGACCGGCUCAGCCGCCAACGAUCAGUACAUGAGCGCGCGCGCGACGUCGAUCCGCCUCGGCCACGCUCGCAACGCCUGUCUUGCGCGUGCCGCCGACGCCUUCCGCCGCGGAGACGGUGCAGCCGCCAAGCGCUUUUCGCGCGAGGGCAAGGCUCUCAACGAAAAGAUGCUGCACGAAGCCAACGAGGCCGCGCAGGUCCUUGUCAAGGACCGCAUGCGUGACGCGCAGCGCGCCGCCCGCGAGCGUGACCCGGCGUGGUCUGACGACCCGCGUGACCGCAGUGAGCGCGGUAAGGAGUGUGGUGGCGGCCUCGGUGUCGUCCUCGGCGUGGCCCGCGCAUCGGCUGUGCCCGAAGGAGACCGUUUGUCGUCUGUGGAGCGUGUAGAGGCCCUUCUGGACCUGCAUACCCUGCACGGCAGCGAGGGUGCCGACCUGUCCAGCCAGUGGCUCGCUGAGCUUGAGCGUGAAAACUACCGUGGCCUGGCGUACAUUGUAGUUGGUGAGGAGAAGCACGUCGGACAGCAGGACCCGUCUCGCGGCGCGUCCAAGGUCCGUCUCGCUGCUAGCGUCAAGCAGUUCCUCGCCGAGUGGGGUUACGCUUGGAACGAGCACGGGGGUGUCCUGUGCGUCGACCCUUGUCGCUAA